GAACAUUUCAUUGUAGUAUUAAUAUGAUAAAUUUUCAUCUAUAAAUUAUCUUAUUACAAAUAUUUCUUAUACAUUUCAGCUAUUCGAUUAUUUUUCUUUGUUCUGUUGAUAACACUGCUACAUUGUGGAUCCACCGUACGGUACUGUGGAAGUUUGGUUAUUUGUAAUUGUCAGUUGGAUAGGUGUUGGUAUUUAUUGGUUAUAAACUUUUCUUCAAGUUAUUACCAUGUCAUUGUCUUCAUUAUUGCCGCCUCCUACCCAACCUGUUUGGGAACGGGAAGACGAUCCGAAAUGGCCACCUCCUCCUUCUGCUCUAGUAGUUGCAACUCCUGCUGCACCUCCUUAUGGCCAGAGAAAAGGAUGGAUUCCUCGUUCUCCUGAGGAUUAUGGAGAUGGUGGAGCAUUUCCUGAAAUAGCAGUUGCCCAGUAUCCUUUGAAUAUGGGCUUAGAAAAACGUGAAAGUUCUUCUAAUGCUUUGGCUGUGCAACUUGAUGCUGAGGGAAAGAUUAAAUAUGAUGCAAUUGCUCGUCAAGGUCAUUCCAAAGAUAAGGUUAUUUAUUCAAAGUUAACAGAUCUACUUCCAUCAGAAAUAAGAUCAGAAAGCGAUCCAACUUUACAAAAACCUGAUGAAGAAACAAUCCUGGAAACAACUGACCGAACAAGAUUAGCUUUAGAAAAACUUACUAGUUCUAAAAUAUCCUCUGCAAUGCCAGUUCGAUGUGCUGAGAAAACGGCACCAGCUCAGUUCAUUCGGUACACACCAGCGCAACAGGGUAGUUCUUUUAACUCAGGUGCUAAGCAAAGAGUUAUAAGAAUGGUUGAAGCACAGAAAGACCCUUUAGAGCCACCUAAAUUCAAGAUCAAUAAGAAAAUACCAAGAGGACCCCCAUCACCUCCAGCUCCUGUGCUUCAUUCCCCAACUAGAAAAGUUACUGUUAAGGAGCAGAAAGAAUGGAAAAUACCUCCUUGUAUUUCAAAUUGGAAAAACGCUAAGGGGUAUACAAUACCUUUAGACAAAAGGCUUGCUGCAGAUGGAAGAGGACUUCAACAAGUUCAUAUAAAUGAGAACUUUGCCAAACUUGCUGAAGCUUUGUAUAUAGCGGAUAGGAAGGCACGAGAAGCUGUUGAAAUGAGGGCACAACUAGAAAAGAAAUUAGCUCAGAAAGAAAAGGAAAAGAAAGAAGAGCAUUUACGACAACUUGCUCAGAAAGCUAGAGAAGAACGAGCUGGUAUCAGAACACUUGCGAAUCAUGAAAAAGAUGAAGAAGCUAGAGAAAGGGAUCAACUUAGGUUUGAGAGGCACAAGGACCGUGCUAGAGAACGAAAUUUGGCUAGAGCUGCUCCUGACAAGAGGUCUAAACUUGUAAAGGAACGGGAAAGAGAUAUCAGUGAACAGAUUGCUCUAGGAUUACCUGCUAAAACACAGCUUGUUGGGGAAGCUGCGUUUGAUCAACGGUUAUUUAAUACAACUAAAGGAAUGGAUUCUGGUUUUGGUGAUGACGAAUCAUACAAUGUCUAUGACAAAGCUUGGCGAGAGUCGAAUACUCUUUCUCAGCAUUUAUACCGACCUACAAAGAAUGUUGACAAAGAUAUGUAUGGUGAUGACCUUGACAAAAUAAUCAAAACAAAUAGAUUUGUACCUGACAAAGAAUUUAGCGGAACUGAUCGUGGUGGCUCAAGUCGUGUUGGUCCAGUUCAGUUUUACAAAGAAGAAGAUGAUCCAUUUGGUCUGGAUCAGUUCUUGACCCAGGCUAAGAAAGCUCAGGGUUCAUCAAAGCGAACCGCAAAGGACGAUCGAAGGGAAGAUAAAAGGCGAAGAAAAGAUUAAGGUCUUUCAACUCUGGUUCAAUAACCAUUACCUCCUUCCUUUUAAUAUGUAGGAUUUUAUUUAAUCCUAUAUUUAGGAUUUUUUAUCGAUAAGGUUUCAUUUUUUAAUGGAAAUAAACUUAUUGCUUAGUCAUCAAAGGAAGAAGAACCCCAUAUAUAAUUUUUUCAGCAUUAAAUAUUAAUUAUUUAUGGAAAGAAGAAAAAUGAUGGCUUCAGUGUCCUAUUAGACGUGUAUAUAAUUUUAUGUAAAGUCAAAAGUUAUAUAGCAUCUAAAUGUAAUUAAUGUAAUUUUAUUGAAAUAAAUUUAUUCAUUGUAUAUUUGAUUUUGAUUAUUCUCAUUCAUGUUUUAAUUUUGAAAGUUAAUAAAAUGUUAAUUUUCUUC